UAGAGGUUUGCGAGAUCUUGGGCGAUCACAAACAUGGACGUGGCGGUCGCAGCGUACAUCGAGCGGUACGGCACUGUGGAGGACAUUCUCGUCCUUGAUCUAGUGAGCUGUGAAUGGAGACGGUGGGCUAGAGACCAGCUGCGGUGGCGCACCCGAUUCCAACGAUUGUACCUCGAAGAGUUUACGUUCCUUGCUGGUGAGCAGGACGAAGCUGCCGACUCGCAAGAUUGGAGGCUUGUGUGCGUGCAACACGACUUGGGCUACGCAAGCGGCUAUCACUUGGGCGCGUUCACCGCCCAGGACGAGGCUUCAAUGCUGCGAUGGCUCUUUGUGACAAGACAAGCGAUCAAUCGAAUGUCACGGACGAUGACCGAUGUGUUGGCGACGUCCCCGCCCGAACUGAUGCCGCUCCACGAAGCUACGUAUUGGCAGCGCUCUGAGGAGCACUUGAAGCUCCUUCAAGACAGCCUGGGAGGAUGGACCGCAGGGGAGUCGUCCGCAUGGCAUCCCGAGUGGAAUGUCAAGCUAGCCGACCACGUCCAAACUAUCAAGAAACUGCACAACCAAGCGCAGUGGAACGCCAAGUACUUUAAAGUCCUAGAACCUCCGUUUCAAGCGAUUUUAGCCACAGACAUGACGCAGAUCCCGUUCAUUGUGCCGCCCAUGAUCAAGACCCUCAAAAUGAUGUGGUCUUCCAGCAAAUACUACAAAGAUUGCUUCAAAAUGGGCGGGUUGCUCUGUCGAAUUGCCCAAGCACUAUGUGUCCGUGUCUGCCGUGCCAUCUCCAUCACGGCACUGUUGCAAGGCGACGACGACUUUCAAGACUCGAUCGACGUGGUCGAAAGCGCGGGGGUCAUGUUGGCACGGUGGCACGACGUGUACGACCCGUCGUCGACUGUGUGGGGUCCGUUCGACAUGUACUCGCUGUUCCAUCGCGUGGACUCUGUGGCGCAACGCUGCUCCGAAGUGCGAAGUGCCCUUGUCCUCUUAAGGCAAGUUCGGACGUUCAUGAUUGACAAAGUGCAAAACUGCGACGACGGAAGCCACAUCGACCCUUUUGAACGGAUGCUGCAGGACAUGGACCGAGACCUCCAUCGGCAUUGGGGGGCAAUCGACGAUGUGUUUGCCGAGCGGCACACAGCCACGUGGCAGCAUGGCAUGGCUGCUCUCCGCACCCACUCGGACGCGCUCCUCCAGUUUGUGCAUCGCCUCCAAGACAAAGUUCCUAUUUAUUAG